AUGCUGAAAGUAUGUGGCAAGACGGAGGGAAAGGGCGCUGGGAGCGUGCGGGUUCACAACGAGAGUACUAACCAUAGCGUUCGCGCGCAGAUCAAGAAGCUGUUUAAGAAAAAGCAGGCGCUGCCUGCCGAGAAGUUUGUGGCCGAAGAGCGCCAGACCACCGCGACAGAGCUGCUGGACGCGAGCAAGGCCGGCGCUGCCGCCGCCAGCGGCAUGGCGGGCUCGCUGGAGCCAUCGUCUCCGCUGUACAACUGGGACUCGUCCACCAAGGACGGCAUGGUUUCGUCGCAGAGCGAACGGAGCGGCCAGAGCGCGCUCAACGACCGCAGCGACACCCGUGUGCCCGACGUGGUGUCAGAAGUGGCCGCCACAGGCGUCCAGCUGGGGCAGGCCAAGAUCCCGAUCGACCCCAGCGUCCACGGCGACGCCGACGUGGUUGAUCUGGUCUCGGUCGACGCUGAAAGCUCCGACGGCUCUGCCUACGACGAGGAGCCCGAGGAGGAGUUUGACGAGCAGCUCGAGCUCGAGGACUUCAAGCUCAUAAGCAGGAUCGGCGAAGGCGCCUUUUCCAGGGUGUACCGCGCCAUCCCGCAACCAAACUCUUCCAAGAGUUAUUUGUACCGCACGUUCCAGCAAGUGGCCGUCAAGGUCAUCAAUAAGCAGCAGUUGGACUCCUCGCACAAGGACUCCAAGAGCAAAGCCACAUCCAAGGAACAAGUACUGAAGGAAGUGGCCAUCCACAGAACCGUCUCCGCCAGUGAAAACGUGGUUUCGUUCGUGGACUUCCACGAGUCUCCAAACUACUAUUUCAUCGUGCAAGAGCUUUUGGCUGGAGGUGAAAUUUUUGGCGAAAUUGUGAGGCUCACUUAUUUCAGUGAAGAUUUGUCCCGUCAUGUUAUCCGGCAAUUGGCGCUGGCCGUCAAGCACAUGCACGCCCUCGGAAUAGUACAUCGUGACAUCAAACCCGAGAAUUUGCUAUUCGAGCCUGUUGAUUUCAUUCCUUCCACAACCCCCGUGCUUCGCAAAUCUGACGACCCCCGCUCUAAACAAGACGAAGGUGUCUUCAGACCCGGUGUCGGCGGUGGUGGUAUCGGUGUCGUGAAACUCGCCGAUUUCGGUUUAUCCAAACAAAUCUACUCUACAAACACUAAGACUCCCUGCGGGACAGUGGGCUACACCGCUCCAGAAGUGGUGAAAGAUGAGCGUUACUCCAUGAAAGUUGAUAUGUGGGGUAUUGGGUGUGUUCUCUACACUGUACUGUGUGGGUUCCCGCCUUUUUACGAUGAGAAGAUUGACGUUCUUACCGAAAAGAUUUCCAAAGGUGAAUUCACGUUUCUAAGGCCAUGGUGGGACGAAAUAAGUGAGGGUGCUAGAAAUGCAGUACGGAAUCUUUUAGAAGUGGACCCAGCCAAGCGUUACGAUAUUGAUCAGUUCUUGGCUGAUCCUUGGUUGAACCAAUACGACUGUUUGCGCAGUCAAGGCCUCAAACACAGAAACGAGUCCUCCGAAAACGUGCACACUCGCGCACCCAAAAAGAAACGCAAACACAACCACCUUGCUUUCAAACGCGAUUCCUCGCUAUUAUAUUCCCCUGCCGCUGUGGCCAUGCGUGAUGCUUUCGAAGUUAACAAUGCUUUGAAGCGGGAAGAGGAGAGUAAAAGACGCACAGCGCCCGCGGGCGUAAAUCUAGGACUUUUGCCAGAGGAUGAAGAGAUGGGGCUAGAGAAUGAUAUGUUUCAACUACGUCUGAAUUCCUCGACAAUUAUAAAAAGACGGAAAAACAAGGACGACCCUAUUGAGGUUCCUCCAACUUUGGUCGAAUAG